CUGACUGCUCGUAGUAGCUGUCAAUCUGGCUGUCGCCGCGCGGUUUUCAUGGCAACAGGGCCGUGUUUUUGACUGAAAGCAGUUCGCACAGUAACAACACUGUCUUGCGCUCUUCUCGAUUGCACUAGCGAGUCAGCAAUCUCUAUGGUGCUUCCUCGGUGUGUUCUCUGCCUAGCCAGUCUACCUACCACUCAUCUGUACCGUGUAGCGCCCGACCACGAGACAGAGACCUAAUGCUAACAGGUUACCACCAGUAGCGGUACCACGAAUCUACUGCCUCCCGUACCUUUGCCUGGCCGUGUAGUCUCCGGCCUAAGACAGGCCGGUUCCAGUGCUAUUAAUGUCAGCAGUUUGACACAGCCAUGAGCUGCGUUGCCUCUGGUGCCGAGUGGCUGUGAGUACCAUUAGUGCCAUUGCGGCAAGCGGCCGCUGCUGCCGCCGCCGCCGGCGCCGUCGUCACUCUCAUUCUGGGAAGAGUCGUUUGCGUUCUCUCUCUUCCUUGCGGUAGCGGCUGCAGUAGUGUCUGUAUCGGCAGCAGUUCGGUGCACGAUCCCGCACGCCGCGAGGCGUACACGCUUUGGCUGAGUUUCCCGGACAGACAAACAGACCGUCCGUCGAGGUAGCCGGCCGGCAGCAGAAGUAGCGACUCCCUCGCUAAUCGAUAGCCGCUGGUGAUAGAGUAGUCGGAGUUUGCGGCUCGCGUAUUUCAGAUCUUAUUGGAUUGGAAGUUUGAUUUGUUAAGACGAAGAAAGACGCGGUGCUUUGACGUGCAGUGUCAUGUAGUAUUGUUGUGCGCAGAUUUGAUCCGCUCGCAGAAAGUCAGGUGUGUACGCGCUAAGUAGCCGCUUACUGCUGUCUGUUGUCUGUUUCCCGCAUACGGUGCUGUUGAUAGUGGCGUUGAUGGUGACUGAAGAUAGGUUUGUCACCAUUAAGUGGCUCCUUCUAGUACGGAUAGCUGCAAGGGUGUUCGUGGUCGUAUGUUAGUGGGUCAGCUAGUGAUAGCCCAGUUUAAUUCUUGAGCGUCUCCGCCAUGCGUGCUGACGCCAGUCUAUCAGUGUUUCCUAUAGAGACUAUGCAGCGGUAGGUUUCACUCGAAAAUACAGCCGGCAGAAGUAACGAAAUAAUUGGAACGAAAUUGGAGAGCGCGUGCAAUAUGCUUGACUAUGAUAGUCUCCUAUUAAAAAAAAUAUUUGUGUGCCAAGUUGUUACAGCGGCCCGUUCUAUUUUCUUUCAAAUGUUGUGGCCACAUAUUUCUCAGCGCGGCCUUAAAGCCCCUUCACUGACGAAGCUAUUAGGUGCCAUUCAAUCGCCAGUGUUCCUAGCAGAGCUGUCACUCGUCGCCUGAUAAUCUCCCUCGGUGCGUGGCCGUGACGACGCCAAACGUUGCGACCUAAUGGAGCAAUUGCGAACUGUCUUUUUCGCAGAGCAUCUGGAUAACAACACUGAGAGCAGCACCUAUUUUUGCAAGUUUUCCUGCAUUCUAGCUUCUCUUAUCGAUAAUCAGUGCCAUAACCGCUAUUCACCCGCCGCCUAACUCGGGUCAAGGGUAUCACUUGUGUAAACACCCAGAUGGACAACAUGAACAACAAGCGAAAAUAAAAGAAGUAUUUCGAAAUGACAUCGAAAUGGUAGACGCAUGUUUGUCGCAUUGGGCUUUGUGGUAGCGCGAUACUGUUCGUGAUUACUCGAUCGUGUCUGUAACAACGAUAAGAGUAAUUGCUGCGCAGAAGAGUUCCCUUAUGCGUGGCAUGAAAUUGAAUCGGAUCUAGAAGCGUUACUCGUGAGUACUAGCUGGGUCGAAAAAUCUCCGCCACCUCGUCAGAAUUUUGGCAUCUUCAACAGCUGUUUGCUUGUACACGUUGGUGGCUACCAGGCAAUUUGCCGCCAAUAGUCAGUCAGUCUUUUGGAUGACGGGACGUCGAUACUCUGCUGUACUACUGCAAUAACAGCUGAAGACGAAAAAAUAAAAGAACAAAAAAUGUAUACGCCACGCCGUUUACUGAUGGCGUGUGGCGUUUGAACACGACCCAAACAAAAUUCAUUGGCACAGCUCAAAGAUAACAGAUAGUCGAAAAAUUGCCUGCCAAAGCUUCGAGCGGUACGCUGUAUCGCCUGGCAGCAAUGCAUUCAGAGAUAUUGGUAUCAUAUCUUAUUGGUACCUCGUCUAUUCAUGAGUUGUAUGCGAUUCAUUUGAAGACGGUGGUGCAUGCAGGUUGUUUUUCAUUCCCCUAGAAUCAAGCCUCGAACGGAGACAACAGGAGUGACUUUAAUCGCCGUUAUUUGUUUAUCAUUGUUGGACAACUAAAAUUCGAGAAUGGAACUCGAUUCGGAGUCCUACGAGUGCGUUUUACGCGCUGCUACGCGGGAUACCUCUGGCUGAUUGAGACGGCUACCGUCGUGCCGCCGAUCAAGACCAUUGCAUGCACGAAGAAAGCACCAUGCGAUAAAAGCAUUGUUUCAGAGAAACGACGUGCGCGGCCUAUUUCCGGUUUCCAGCACACACCAUACGUUGCCCUUGUAUCUAUCCCGGAGAUCCUGCUGAAUCGUAUGGAAAACGCCGCCAUGAGCAGUCACCGGUACGUAACGAUGUCAACGGCGUUUGUCACCAUAUUGCCAGACAAAAACCCACGUGACCUAUUACAUAUAAAUACAUAUAUGUAUGCCAAAUCACGCGCUUUAUAUAUCUUUUUAUAUAUGGCCCUAUCUGCCUGGUUCGUACGGUCGACACGCGAGAGGCAAUGUUCGUGAUGAUAAUGUAGCUGCUGUAGGUUAUUACGAUAUGGCAUUGACAGUGCUUUGUCGGUUUCGCUCACUGGCUGCAGUUUUCCCUGACACUGCAUCAACGUUGAACAGUACGAUCACAGGCAAUUGAUAAACAUUUUUCCGAAAUGGAUGACUGACUGUCUUUAUGGCAGAGAUCGCUCCUGUUUCUUUCUUAGAGCUACCCAGCUUGCUCAGCACUGAUAGCGGUACAAGUGAUAUUCGAUAGAUGUGGCAGAAAGCAGAUGAAAAAUAUUUCCGGCUACCUUUUCUGUUUGAACGACUACGGCUUCUAAGUACCUCAUCCACCGCGAUCAGAAAGACUCUUCUAACGAAAGAGGAUUUCUGUGAUAAGCUGAAAUCGCUCAGAUCAUAUCAAGCUAACACGGAAUUGAAAAACAGCUGUACGUCUCAGAGCUUCUCCGAUUGUACACGGUAUCACACGAUCAGAGGGUACUUGAAUAUCUGCUGUAGUGUUUUGGUACAGCUCAAACACCACGACGACGACGGCGAUGUAAUACGAGGCAGCAGUUUCGGCGCGACCAUUGUGUGGUAUAGGUUCUACGGUUCAUUUGUUUCUGCCGAAUGAACGGUGCCAGCGGUACGGAAGGACCCCAAACCGGCAAUGGUGGCUACUCGCGAGGUGCGCGGCAUACAAUAUAAUGCUUGGAUUUGAUGCUCCUAAAGCUCUGAUAAGGCCGAGAAACGUUCACGUAGAAUGUUAAGCCAUGGGCGAUGACGUCCAGAUUUUGCGAACUUCUCAGCCCUGGCGGACUAGUUGUACACGCUCACGACAAUGUCACUCAAUCGAUUUAUGAGAUUAAACAUUUUGGAUGCAUGAGGAUGAAGACACCGGGCUACCGGCCGCUAACCGGAGGCGGUCCCGACAGUGAAGAGUCGUUAUGCCGCUUGUCUUACCUGUAUAAAUUGUUGUUUCUUCUCGUUAUGGCCGUACUCUUUGUACAGUAUUCGAGCAAUGUCUUGAUGGUUCGAUCGCCACAGGUGUCGUGGGUAGUGUCAGAGGUUGUCUAUAACGUUAAGCCCACAGAGCCCAACAAUAGCUCGCGCGGAACGGCUUCCACUGGCAAUGAGACAUCCCCUUUGUCCAAUCAAAGCCGGAUCAAAAAUGAAACAUGCGCAAUUCUUUGGCAACACCUUAACAAUAGGAAUUCGACCUUGUGUUCAAAUGAGACGGUCACACGAAGAUGUCCUUUGAUUCCGCCACGACUAGUCGGACCCAUGAAAGUGUUUACAGACAACAUCUCCUUUGAGGACCUCGAGGCGUUACAUCAGGACGUCGAAUUGGGCGGCAAGCACCGGCCUAGCGAAUGUAUAGCCCGCUAUAAGGUUGCCAUCAUUGUGCCAUACCGCGAACGGGAGGAGCACCUUCGUAAGCUUCUACACAAUUUGCAUCCGAUGCUGAAACGACAACAGCUUGACUAUGAGAUUUUCGUUGUGGAGCAAAAUGGCAUGUACCGGUUCAACCGGGCAAAACUUAUGAACAUUGGCUUCCUUGAGGCGAGCAAGCUGAACGAUUUUGAAUGCUUCAUUUUCCAUGACGUCGAUCUCAUACCAGAGGACGAUCGAAAUCUCUAUUCGUGUCCUGACCAGCCGCGUCACAUGUCCGUAGCUGUGAGCACAAUGAAAUAUAAGCUUCCAUACGCGAAUAUAUUUGGUGGAGUGUCGGCCCUCUCGAAAAAAGAUAUGCGAACGGUCAACGGCUUCUCGAACGAAUUCUGGGGUUGGGGCGGGGAGGAUGACGACAUGUCCGCGCGAAUCCGCUAUCACAAACUCAAGAUCACUCGGUAUCCAGCUAGCAUUGCGAGGUACAAGAUGCUCAGUCACAAGAAGGACACACCCAACCCCGAACGGUAUCGCUACCUUAAACGAGGCCGAUUACGCUAUCGGACUGACGGUAUCAACAGUUGCAAGUACAGGGUGCUCAAUAUUGUUUUUAAGAAGCUCUACACGUGGAUUCUGGUCGAUGCAUUGCCGCCACAAAAGAAAACGAAGUGAUGUAUCACACCGAAGUUUAUGACUAGGGGAAUCAGCCGGACAGCUGAAUGGCAGAAGGAACACUGACCAACUGGACUUUGCCAAACUACGAAGAACGCCCAUUCGAGCGUCCUUCGUAGUUUGGCAAAGCACCUGUUGGUCGUAAUCUCACGAGGCUCGCAACCUCGCCAAAGUAGUAUCGUCACAGCAGACACGAUAGUGUCUUUCGUUUGCUCGAGGACUUGGUUACGGCCAAUGGGCCAUCGAGUCCUAACUACUGAAAUCGCUUUCAAUUACUGUGCAUAACUGAGAAUUACUUAAUCAUAAGCAAUAAUACCAUGUUGGUUGUGUUCUGCCAGCCAGAUAAGAGCAAAAUGCUGCUACAACAAAGAAGAGAUGCCAUAAUGCGUUGGUCCAAAUGAUAAAUAAUGUAAUACAAGAAUUGAUACGAAGUCACGUUUAUUAUUAUUAAUAAGAUUAUUGUUUUUAUUCUUAUUGAGCGUAUUGUAAAUGCUCGCAGGAAGGGCACAAAAAUAGUGACUUUUUUAUGUGGUGGCCGGCAUUCGCUGGUCCAGCAGUACGCAUCUACUCAAUACACACUUAUGAGGGUUGAAGAGGUAACCGACGGAGCCAAUAUGAACUUUUAUGACUCCUCAUUAAUAUGGCGAGCUCUUCAAAAUUAAACAAAAACCGAGACAUGUACAUUUCAGCCGAUCUGCUUCGCGUUACGUUAAAUUUGCCUAGACUGUUUCUUUUUUGCUCUAUCAGGAAUCGGUAGAGUGCUAACUAUUGUAUACGGGUCUUAAAACUAGGGUAAUUUUUACUGUCCUUAUACCUGAGUGAGGUUCCCAACUGUGUGCAAUGAUUAGGUUCUGAUUAUUGCCGACCCCUUCGUACUGUACUCAAAUAGACCGUGAUUUAUUUUAAAGAAAAAUAUCGGAUCGGAGAUGAUGCACCCUUGUUUAUGUUAGCUGAGUUAUUUACCAUUUGAAACUUUGAGGUAGGACUCGCUGUUGGUCAUUGCCACUUUGUAUAUUGCAAAUGGAAUAUACGAGAACUCAUGCCUUAUUCGAAGGCUCGUGUGGCAGAAAAGUUUACAUAAAAAACGUUUUUAAUUUAUUUUACAGUAUGUCACUGCGUACCCACAUACUCGCCUUUAGUUGACAGUUUCCGCCGAGACGUCUCCUUUUAGAAUUAAAAACAAUUUCACAGAAACUGUUCAGGGAAUGUUAUUAUGACUUAGACAUUCGUAUCUCUCGUCAAACAUCAUCAUGACGUCGGGCAGUGUUCGGUAUGUAAAAUUCAUGCUGUACAAAUCAUUUAUGUGAGCAACAAUCAUAUAGAAUAUAAAAUACAUCGUUAAAAAAUAUGGGGUUCUACGUAUUGUCAGCACAACAUGUGCCGACCAAUUUCCAUAACGUUAGUAACAGCAUAACGCAUCGGAUGAUCAGCUCUCGCUUCUGCGGUAGCGACCAAAGUGAGACGUAUCUGUUCACCCGUGAGAGAAAAAAUAAGAUAGGUAAGAACAGUGGACAACACGAAAUGCUAUAGGGCAGUCAUUAUCUUUGUGAAUCAAUGCAUGUAGGAAUCGAUUGCGUACGGAAGACUCCUGUAUUCCACUCAGCAUAUCUGCUUGAUUCUUAUAUGCGUCAAUUGGCAUGUAUCACUAGUCUCGGCCACUACGAGCCACGCUUGCGCCUACAACAAAAAUAAGGGACAAUUGUAACCUAACAGCUUAACAAUACAGUUAAAUCAGAUUCCGAAAGUGCCUGUUUCGACAACUUUUAGGACUUCGUCCUGUGAUAGUUAGACAACUAUACUGAAAUCCACACAAAUUUUGCUAUAAUCUACGGCAUUGCACGAAAAGCAAACAUAAAUAAACACAUAUAGUAGGAGAUAGUAGAGCUGAAAGGUAUGGAAAUCAAUAUGAAUGUAUUUCGUUGACGGCUAAUUACGUUAAAGUACGCUCCAAUGAAUCAUACGGAGUAAACAUUGCGUUUCGUAUUAGGGCUGUCUUAGAUAAUAUCUCUUUUGAUGAAGCAGGCAGCGUGUUUGUUAGGCUGUCGAUCCCUUAUGAAUAGAGCAGUCCUGAUAGACGCAAAAUCUUUUUUGUGCAGUAAUUAUUGUUAAAAAAAAUAUCUCUCUGAAAAUAACAUCAUGUUAGAAACAGAAUAGAAUCCGUCUGUCUUUUUAAGUUUAGUUUUCGAUAGUUGUUUUUACGCAGCGUUACGCAGACAUCUAGGAAAUCCCAAAAUACGCGUAUAACACAAGCUGACUUAUCACAUGAUUGAUAAGGCGCACGGUUCUUCAUGACACCUACAGACACAGAUUUUUCUAAAAACGAUGACCCAGCUUCAGGGCAAGUCAUCGAAAAAUGUAGAUGGAAUCAACGUUUAUUAUUUUUAUUGUACUUUGCAAAUCUUUCAAUAGGACUAUUCGGUACUACUAUUAAGGAAAUUGGCCAAACGAAAAUCAGGCCAAAUGGCCGUCAAGUGUUUCUUUCGUCUAGUCAUUAUAGAAACCAAUUUUCGUUCGUGUUACUUCAUACCGUUAAGGUACGUUUGUUCGAAAUGAAAAUAAAUGGGAAGUAGAAGACAGCGUUGUGUAGAGUAACUACAGAGUGUUACAUGUGGGCAUUGAAAGAUUUAAGCUAGUGGGUAUAGCCUCUAGUGGACAAAGCUUAUUCAGUGCGUCCCAAUUCUGUACCGCCUGCAGUGAGCGUUGUCAAGUUGCUCUAAAAUCGCUGAUCGAUGACAGAAUUUUUGCCCACUAGAUCUACAAACACUGAUAUAUUUUUAGAAAAAAAAAACAUAUAUACAUGUAAGUGUACCGGGAGAGAAAGGAACAAGCAUGUAGUAUGUCAAUAAAGCUAAAAUAUAUAUAUAUAUAUAUAUAUAUAUAUACAUAUGUGUGUAUACAG